AUGGGGUUCUCAGUGACUUGUGGUUCUGCUGUGGACCGGGCUGCUCUAAGUGCUAGAUCCUGCGCGCAAGUGCCGCCUCAAGCCCCGGACAGCCUCGUCAAGCUGUCCCGCAGCAGCAGCGCCACCCUCCGCGGGCGCAGCCAACACGGGCGCCAGCAACGCUGCGAGCUGGUCCGCCGCGUCCAAGCACGUGUCACGCUGGCGGCCGCGGAAAGUCUGAGGAGGAAUCACGGGGAGGGACGAGUGAGCAAGUACUUGAAUCAGCAGCAACGCGUGGAGACUCUCCGCGAGUCGGUGGAGUCGCCUCGGGAACACGCAUCUGCGGAGGCUGAAGUGCCUCCGUCAGGAACAGAAGCGGCUCUUCCGCAGCAACAUGGUGAGAAUACUGCGCCGACGAGCCACCACCCGCAGCAACAAACUCCACUCCCGCAACAGGCGGAACCGGCGGCAGAUGAAGACGGGAACCGGGAGGAGGUGCCGAGGCGGCGGGAGCAGGAGCCGGCGGGAAGUAAACCGGAGGCGGGGGUGCGGCGACAGGCGGCGGACUCACGGGGAGCACAGCCUGUCGAGGAGCCUCAAGGGCGGGCGAGGCGCGCAUCGAACAACUCUGGCUCUGCGCCGCCCUCUCCUCACGCACCGCCCUCGAGACUUCCCGCUGUAGAUCUGCCAUCCUCACAGGCGGGCGGUACCCCCCACCACCGCCACGCCCGCGGUGACCCCUCCAGUCCCCCUGACCGAAGGGUUGGGCAGGCCAGUGAGUUUGCUGUUGGUAGCGCCGUGGAGAGUCUCGCCGGCGCCGAGACGUCGCGCGCUCCUGAUGGCGCGGACUGGCCCGCCGCUGGGGGCGCAACUGACGGAGCCGGGCCGCCAGUGGUGGCGGACGCCGCCUUCGACGACGAAACAGACGCCGGAGCAGGCACGUCGGGGACAGAAGCGGGCGGUGCAACGGGCGCGCCAGGGACAGGAACAGGGGGAUCAGCAACACCCCCAGCAGGAGCAGACACAGGCGGCUCGACAAAGAGAGCCAGGGGAACAGGAGCAGCAGCAAGAACGGAGCAGCAGCCCCUGACACGGCAAGGGGAUCCGCGGGUGCGUGGGGAAGAGUCUUUUCAGCGUCUGUUGUCACGGGCCUCGGAGCCGGCGGUACAGGGGGCUUCGUCGCCGUGGUCGCCUUUCCGGGCCCCGACUGAGGCUGGGCGACCACAGCUGACCAGGCGGCAGCGCGCUCUGGCGACGGCUGAGAUGAACCGGCAAUCACCAUCUGGAGAGCGGGGAGGUCGCGGAGCUAGGAGGCAGGUUACUAGCGGAACGAGCGGAGGUCCGGAGAACGGGUAUCAAGCAGCAGCACGAAUGGCUUUAACGGCUCUGGAUGCAACUCAUGAGGAAGACGAGGUAAGGGACCCAUCUUAUGGGGAAGAAUCCCUCCCUCCCAGCGAAGACGAGGGGAUUGAGGACGAAGGCAGUGCGAGGGAGGCAGCGGGAAGAAGAGUAGCAGGGCAGGGAUACGCUGGCCCAUCCACCGAUGGGUCGGCCGCGACGGAGGGAUUGGCGGCACAGACUACGCUGGCGCUGCCGGCGCACACGGGAGAGACGACGCGGACUGGGACUGGGGCGGAGGGAGUUGCAACGGCUGGGACUACGUGGCAGGAGCCUGAAGCUGGGGUCGAAGACGAGCCGUGCCAGAGAGUGGCGGGCGAGGGGGACAGCGGCGACGGAAAGAAUGGCCGCGCGCACGGAGAAACGGAUGAGUGCGCCCGCGAGGGGAGCGGUACACAGGCUCCCUCGGUCGUGCAGGCGUGCUCGGUGGCGCAGAAGGCGCGGCGCCAACACCCGCAGUCAGGCAAUCCGCGACGGCUCGGAACAGGGCUGGCACCUGCUCGCCCUGGGCCGCUAGUAGGGUGGGCACAGCAGGAGAUCCCGCCGCCACAAUCACUUCACGCCGAGGCGGCCGGCGCCGGCCCGUCAUCAAGUGCGGGGGACGAGGCGGGAUGGCCCCACGAAACAGCUGAACGGGUGGAGGCCGAGGCGGAAGACGGGGUGGCGGCCGUAGAGGAGGAGCAAGUGACCGUGAUCGACAGGCGCCGAGGGGGAACAGCGCGGCAGAGGCUGCUGCGAGAACGCGCGGCGGAGGCGGCGGCGGGAAACCCGCCAGCAGGAACACGGAGACGAGCGCCGGGGGCGCCGAGGGGACGCGGCGGACGGGGUGCGCGCGGGAGGGCAGGGCGAGGAGGCCUUGCGGCAGCAGUGGCUAGAGAAAAAGCCAGAUCUGGGCCUUGGCGGGAGAGGCACGGGAGGCCGGAGCGACAUCAGAAAGGAGAUCCAAUGAAUGACUACGAGGAUGAUGGGGACGAGGAAUAUAUGGAGGAGGAACAGGGGGAUUCGGAGGACGUGUCACUGGAGGAUGAGCAAGGUAUCCCAGCAGGAGGGGCAAAUCGAGGGGCAAGGGGUGAGGGAAACCAUGCUGACGCCAACGAGGGUGAGUCACGUGGCGUCCAGCCCAGUGAGACGGCCAGCAAGGCAAGAUCGCCAGCAGACAUCGCCGAUGACUCAGACGCCUGGCGCCAGGUGGAAGGGUGGGAACUGGGGCCACUGUGUUGCAGCGCCCAACCCUUUCUGUUCCGGAAGUUUCCCCCCAAGAUCCUGGGAGUCUACGCCUACUGCAUGACGAUCCCCCUGCAGCGACUCGCGAAGGUUCCAGGCUGCGCGGGUGCGUGGCGAAUCCUGCAAUUCCUACCCAGGUUGACCCUCCGAGCCGAAAUUGAGAAGGUUCCUAGAAACCGCUGGGCCGUGGUUGAGAAGUGA